CUGAUCUCCUGGCUGUUAGGAUGAACGUCCUCCAAACCGUGCUCCUUGUGGCUGUAAGCCUCUCGGCUGUUCACUCCCUGGACUACAAGGCACUGAACCAGUUCAGAAACAUGAUCCUGUGCGUGAUGCCUGAUAGCUGGCCUAUUCUGGACUACGCCGACUACGGCUGCUACUGUGGAAAGGGAGGCUCCGGCACGCCUGUGGAUGAUCUGGAUAGGUGCUGCCAAGUGCAUGACCAGUGUUACUCUGAUGCUAUGCAGCACGAUGAGUGCUGGCCCAUCCUUGACAACCCCUACACUGAGUUCUAUGACUACAGCUGCGAUGAGGCAAACAGGAAGGUCACCUGUGGCAACGACAACAACGAAUGCGAGAUGUUCAUCUGCGAGUGCGACAGGAAGGCCGCAGAGUGUUUCGGCAGAUCACCUUGGAUCCCCGAAAACGAGCACCUGCCCAGCGACAAAUGUCAGUAAAGAUCCAAUCACUUGUAUGAGAUGAAGAUUUUAUGACUCAACACGUCACAUCCGGCCUUUCAUUUUCAAAA